GGUGACGCGGUCAUCGGUGUUUCUCUUCGAGUUCGAGGUCGGCGAUAGUGGCGAGCUGUUGUUGUCCUGUGCCGCUGCAGCCACUGUUGCUGUAGAAGGUACUUUACCUAUAAGUACCAAAGUACUCCCGACCGACCUUGAAACUUUCAGUGUAUACGUAAAGUAGCGACAAUCCGUCGAAAGGAAUUGCGAAAAGUGCAAACAGAGUACCUUAUAAACGAGUUUCUACCAAUACUGUUGUAUAUACCUUUGCCUGUACUCUCUAUUUAUACGCAUCACAUACAAUACAAAGAAGUAUACGUUGUAUGUGGGUAGUGGUACGUACUACGUACGCGCGAGCCGCGAGUGUAAGCGAGGAAAAAAGCCUCUUCGUAUACUUGAGUUCUUGUAAAAUGUGUCCAUCAUAUACUUAAGAUCGUGCGCGAAUAAAAAUAUUUUAGCUCAGAAAAACGCGAGUAUCACGAGAGGAGCGCGUACUUAUAAUAUGUAUGUAUGUGUGUAUCCAAAAGCGGCCUGCCUGUAAGUUGCCUACCGUCAAAAACGAAGGGAUUAAUGCACUGUACGAAUUGUAGUGUGUGUAAAAGUAGUGUGUAGACUGUAGACCGUGUAGAGAACGAAGCCAAUCCUCUGGAGACGGAAACAAAGAGAGGAACAACAUCACCAUCGUCAGAGGCGCAUAACCUGAAAAUAGUGUUCCCUGGUGUGCGGUGUACACCUAGGUGGUAUACACAUAUACAUAUAUAGAUAUAUAUAUAUAUAGGUGGUGCACUGCGUUGUCAGCAUCAGCAGUAUAGCAGCAGAAGUAGUAGAGUGCGAGUGCUAAUUCCAGCGAGCGGACGCGGCGCGCGAGGAGUAGCGUCUCCCGUCGUGCGUAGCUGAACCCGCGCACAAAAACACACAGACUCGUCGUCCGGUUGAUGGAUGAUACUGGCAGGAUGCUACAACACGGUGGUUCAAACGUCGGUCUGAUGGGCGGUAAUCAGGGCCAGGGCGGCCAGAACAGCGGUGGCUACGGGAACAUGGGCCCGGUCGACGGCUCGGCGGGCCAGGGACCCGACCAGGCGAUCGAGGCGCGCAAGCAGGACAUUGGUGACAUACUCCAGCAGAUUAUGAACAUCACCGAUCAGAGCCUGGACGAAGCUCAGGCAAGAAAGCACACGUUGAACUGUCACAGAAUGAAGCCAGCUCUGUUUUCGGUGCUUUGCGAAAUCAAGGAAAAAACUGUUCUGUCGCUGAGGAACACGCAGGAGGAGGAGCCCCCGGAUCCGCAGCUCAUGAGGCUGGACAACAUGCUGAUAGCCGAGGGUGUCGCGGGCCCGGAGAAGGGAGGUGGCGCCGGAGCCGCGGCCUCGGCUUCGGCGGCCGCAGCGGCGGGACCACCGGGCCAACCCGACAACGCCAUCGAGCACUCGGACUACCGCGCCAAGCUCGCCCAAAUCCGACAGAUCUACCACCAGGAGCUGGAGAAGUACGAACAGGCCUGCAACGAGUUCACCACCCACGUGAUGAACCUGCUGAGGGAACAAAGUCGCACCCGGCCGAUCACGCCCAAGGAGAUCGAGAGAAUGGUACAGAUCAUCCACAAAAAGUUCUCCAGCAUCCAGAUGCAGCUUAAGCAAUCGACGUGCGAGGCCGUCAUGAUUUUGAGAAGUCGGUUCCUCGACGCAAGGCGCAAACGGAGAAACUUUAGCAAACAAGCAUCGGAGAUACUGAACGAAUACUUCUACUCGCACCUCAGCAAUCCGUACCCUAGUGAGGAAGCGAAGGAAGAGUUGGCCCGGAAGUGUGGCAUUACGGUCAGUCAGGUAUCGAACUGGUUCGGAAACAAGAGGAUACGUUACAAAAAGAACAUUGGUAAGGCACAGGAGGAGGCAAACUUGUACGCCGCCAAAAAGGCAGCCGGAGCAUCGCCGUACAGUAUGGGUGGCGCGAGCCAAGGCACCCCAACGCCGAUGAUGUCUCCGGCGCCGCCGGGCGCGCCCCAGGACAUGGCCGGCUACGGCAUGGGCAUCAACGGUAGCGAUUACGGCUCCCAGCCCUACAACGACGGCUCGAUGGGCUACGAUCCGAUGCACCAGGGCAAGGCAAUGGCCGGGGGAUGGAUGCAGCAGAGUCGCGAGCCAGUGCCCGAGUUUCCGGCGCUGCACGGCGAGUCCGCCGACUCAGAUUCCGAUCGGGAGAGCAACCACAAACCGCGCGUCUAAGGCAAGAUCAGAACAAACAAAUUAACGCGCGACUCGAACCAUUUGAGUAGGUAAAUAUACAUUGUGAGCGCAUUAUGACGUUAGACAGAGAUAACUACUUUUUUUUUUUUUUUUUUUUUU